CGAACAUUAUCUUCCGUAUUUUCCGACUUCUCGAUGGCAAAGGGAAGCAUGCGGCAGUGGAAAGGGCAAUGAACAGGCGGCCAUAUCAGUUCUGGCUUUAAGCUAAUACACACAGCCCUCUCUGACCUCAUUGGAGAGCUAAUCGCUGCUCCUAUUUUUGUGACCUUGCUGGGGAGAUCUCAGGGUGACACAGGAACGCACACUCUCCUGUCAUCAUGAAAAUCCCGACAGUAUGGCUCAUUGCACUGGCUUGGACAUGCUUCAACAUUCAGAGUGCAGAGGUGUACCAGAGGGAUACUGACCAUUUCAUCCAGGCUAUCCAGAAGAUUGAGAACUCUGGGCUGGACGUAAGCCCUCUGUCCAUAGUAAGGAGCCUACGCAGGGCUGUCGGCCAUGACAACACUUUCACACAGAGAUUCCUAGGGGCAACUCACGAUGACAGUGACACCACAAUUUUGACAACAAACAACAGCAGGAACAUCGAGGCAUGGAGUUUAGAAUUUCUGGGAUUCUUUGACAAGGCCAUCCACAAUUUUGUGACAGAUGCCCGUGAAGAGAGGGGUGUAGUUCUCACCCCGGAUGGCACAACCGUGGCCUUGGAGCCCCUCCUGCAGGGCAUAGAGGCUGGUCUAAAAGGCCGGUCCGAAGGCCGCCAUCCCCAAGGCUUGCACUCCCUCACACUGGCCAGGACCCUGGGCCUGUCUUUCCUACAUGCAUUUAAUUCCUCCUCCGACCGCUUGGGCCCCGAUGGGUGCUGGGAUAACGUUACUGCGCCCAUGGUGUUCACACUCUUGAGUCCCCCCUCUCUCGCCACAGACGCUCUGAUCAAUGGGGGCAUGGACGGCUCCAUUCUGGGGGCGCUCCUCUCUGAUGACACUAAAGCCGUCCCUAAACUGAGUGAGUUGCUGAAGGCCUACUACCACUUCCAGCUGGGAGAGGCUGGCCUGGAUGGAGCUCCACUCAUCAGUCCCAUGCGCAGGGAGAACUACAGGAAGCUGGUGCCAUCUUCCGUCCUGGAGGGGAUGGUGUUGGAGUUCCUGGCAGACCGAGAGCCCUCAGCAGAGAUGAAGAAAGCUGUGAAAGAGGGGGUGCAGGAUUUUGUGCUGCGUUACCUGGAUUGCCCACCGAUGAUCCCUCGUUGUAUGUGGGGGGCUAAAGCAUCCAAGGGGAUUCCUGCGAGACUCUCACCCCCCCUACACUUCCUCUAUAUUCACCACACGGAAACUCCCAGCAGGCCUUGCCUGAGCUUCCAGCAGUGCUCCCGGGACAUGCGAGCCAUGCAGCGCUAUCACCAGGUGGAGAGAGGCUGGCAAGAUAUUGGGUACAGCUUCGUGAUGGGAUCUGAUGGGUACAUGUAUGAGGGUCGGGGCUGGGGCAAGCAGGGCUCCCACACCAGAAACCACAAUGCCUUCGGCUACGGCGUCGCAUUCAUCGGCAACUACUCGGCCUCUCUGCCAAGCCGGCACAGCUUGAGUCUAGUCCGCCACCGUCUGGCCACGUGUGGCGUUACCGGACGCUUCAUACAGGCCAACUACACAGUCCAGGGUCACAGGCAGGUGGUGGACACCACUUGCCCAGGGGAUGCUCUUUACUCUGAAAUCCGCACCUGGGAGCAUUACGGGGACACAGAAUCUCCCAAAGCAACACACAGCUGAAGAGGAUCAGAGAACAUUGCAGGGACAUCAAUUCUAAAAACAACCUGUUUGAUAAUACUAAUAGUGUGAUGUGGGUAUGACAAUGGUACAUGGAAAAUAAAGACCAAAAAAACAUGUUUUGAUUCCGGUGCAUAUCAAUCAUCCCCCGUGGCAAUAAAGCAUGGUAAUCUGUGAA